UUGGUCAGGCUUAUCCUCAUUGACAAACGUGCCAGUGACCUUAAAUGAUCAGCUGAUGAUCAUCUCGAAGUUCCCAUGACGCAAUUUCAUUUGCAGUCUAGGAAGUGGCAGUCGAAGUGCGAUGCAAACAUGAGAAGAAUGGCAAUAACAGCUUUGUUUUCUGCUUUAUUUUUUGUCUUCGUAUUCAAGACUAAAGUAGAGGCACUUGAUACUGCAAACUUACCUCAGUUACCUGGUGUCAUAUUUGUGCCUGGAGAUGGCGGUGCUCAACUUCAAGCUCGCCUGCACAAGAAUUCUUCAGCUCAUUUCUUCUGUUAUCAAAACAGUGAUUGGUUCACAUCCUGGCUUAACCUGCCAGAGAUGGUUCCUGGUUUUAUAGAUUGCUGGACGUCAAACAUGGUACUGGAGUACAACAACUCAACACGUACAACAAAUAAUCCUGCUGGAGUAGAUGUAAGAGUUCCAAACUUUGGUGACACUUCCACAGUGGAAUACCUCACUCCUUGUAGACUUUAUUCUUACUUUGCAUACAUUGCUGAAGUUCUCGUGGCUCUAGGCUACCAGAGAAAUGUCACCCUUAGAGGAGCUCCUUUUGACUUCAGAAAGGCACCAAAUGAGUUAUCAGAUUACUUUUCCUCCUUGAAGUUACUAACGGAAGAGCUGCGAGAGAGCACAGGAGGACCUGUGGUGUUCAUAGCUCACAGCAUGGGUGCUCCUCUCAUGAACUAUUUCCUCAACCUCCAAACCCAGAACUGGCGCAAGCAGAAUGUGGAAUGCCUUGUGUCCCUGGCUGGGGCAUGGGGCGGCUCUGUAAAAGCCAUCAAGGUUUAUGCUGCAGGUGAUAAUUUGAACAGCGUAUUGAAUUCCCUGACUCUGCGGACUCAACAGCGCACAAACCCAAGCUUGGCUUUCUUGCUGCCUGAUCCUGAACUGUGGCUGGAUGAAGUGCUGGUCCGCUCCCCUACUGCCAAUUACACCAUCAAGGAUAUGAAGCAGUACCUCUUUGAACUGGGUUUGCCAGAUGCCUACGAGAUGUACCUGGACACGCGUACUCUGCUCAACAUGUCCCAUACGGCGCCCCACGUCGCCCUGCACUGCCUCUACGGGGUGGGCAUCCCUACUGUUGAGCGAAUUGAGUUCGCCAAUGCGAAGUAUUUUCCGGAUUAUCCAAGCCUCGUCAACGGACCGGGUGACGGAACUGUCAACCUCCGUAGUGCAGAUCUCUGUUCCCAGUACAGCAAACUGCAAUCUGAACCGGUCGUUGUGAAGAGCUACAACGAGACCGACCACAUGGCCAUCCUGAGCCAUGUGGACGUCUUACGUUACAUUGCAAAAUUAGUAACAGACAUCGCUCAACGGAGAGCAGAUGCUAGAAAUUCAACUGUCAAAAACAGUCCUCCCUUUAUUGUGUCAAUUGAGAAUCCAGACCACGAAGCCAAAAGUUCCCACGAAGCAGAAGUUGGCGGUAACCUACGCCGACCAUUGUAUCUUGGAUCCCAGUCGUCUCUUUCGGAGAAACCCAAUGAACCUCAGUCGGAAAGUGAAAAUGUAGCUACGGGUCCAAACACUUCCAAAGCUAACCUGAAGGAUCUGGUUGAUAAGGCUGUGGCAAAAGUUGAUUCCGAAAUUAAGCAUAAGUGGUUUGCGGCUGCAGAUUUCAAGGAAGCAUAUGAACGUUUGCUCCAAAUUCACUCAAUUCAGAAGACCAUUGACCAGAAGAUUAUGUAUGUUCACAAAAUGGAACUCGAGAUGAAACGUCUACGCGAUACCAUGAUGUCCUUAUAAGCGUGUUAUAUAAUGACACAUGUGCGCCUUGCUUCCUAGGCUGUCGCAUCACCGCAGUUCAGUUCAAUCGUAAAUUUAGCAUAAUUUAGUUGCAAUCAAAUAAUUGCAGUCUCGGAUCUCUCCCAACCACAAUCGUACGUUUCAGCGAGAAGAAACUACCAUGAGUGACACAUUUUGUACGUUUUAUAAUUUUAGAGUGUUGCACAUGCCAUGACUUGAAUGUCCCUUUAGCAGUCAAUUUUUUGCGAAUUUCGUUU